AGGAAGAAACGGGACCUCAAAUUCUCUUAAAACUCGCAUUUUGAAGACCAAAAAUUUCCUAUCUUUUCUUAUACCUAUCAAAAUCUUGAAACCUUCAAUUAUCACAUAUUUACCCUUAAAAAUCUCUUCACACAAUGUCUUGUGCUCUGAGUUUUACCCCUAUCUCCUCCUUCAGUUCCCCGAGCAAAACAAGGCUCAUUAGUGGAAACCCCAAUGCCCCGAAAGUGAUUUUGAUCAACAAUUUGACUAAUCAGAAGUCAAAAUUCGAAAGAUUUCAAUCUUUGGAAGUCCAGGCUACAGAUGGUACAAGCAGCACCACAAAAGUGAACAGCAUAGUUUGUGCUGAUUGUGAAGGGAAUGGUUGUAUACAAUGUAAACAAUGCAAAGGAAAUGGAGUGAACUCCGAAGAUCACUUUGGUGGACGUUUCAAAGCUGGUGGAUUGUGUUGGCUUUGCAGGGGUAAAAAGGAGAUUCUUUGUGGUGGUUGCAAUGGAGCUGGAUUUAGAGGUGGGUUCAUGAGCUCUUCUGAUGAUUAGGGAAAUCUCUAGCCACCACCUUCUGCCACCUUGAUUGUGGUGGUUCUGGUGAAACAAUGAGUCUAUGUUUAUUCGAUUUUGUAAGUUAGUUCUUAAUGUAAGGAUGGUUGUGGUUGUAAGUGUUGAAUGCAAAAAAAAAAAAAAUAAUAAUAAUCUACUUCCGUUUAUUUGUUUA